AUGUCCGCCUCCGCAGAUGUUUUGGCCCAGGCCAAGGUUGAGAUCGACCUCGCCGCCAUCCCCGAGGGCAAGAACGUCAUCAUCAAGUGGAGAGGAAAGCCUGUCUUCGUCAGACACCGUACCGCCGACGAGAUCAAGGAGGCCGAGGACGCCAAGUGGGAGUCUCUCCGUGACCCCCAGCCCGACUCUGACAGAGUCAAGAAGCCCGAGUGGCUCGUCAUGCUGGGUACGUUCUUCUACAGGCCCAAUUGA